AUGUCGGUCGUUUGAAUCAACACUGAGACUUGAGCACCCCCAACCGUCAUGGCGGAAUGGUUUCGUCCAAACGUUUCCGCCUCAGUUCGGAGUCCUGCGGACUGCGAGCCAUGAAUCCCGUCAACCAAACGAGGCUAGGCCGCGAUCGAAGUUGGGACGGGGGUGUGUGUUGCCGGACAGGCUGGUUGCGUCCAGAUGAGUCAGCCGAGCGAGCAGGACAUCUGGGCCGACUGAUUUCCCGCUUCUAGGCGAGCCAGCCUAACUUAACGCUAAACUAUUCCGAUUUGGACUGAGGAUGAUCUUUUCCAACACUGGAAAGCCACUAAGGACUCAAUUUCGCAAACAGUCGCCCGCUAGCGUACUGUCCCACCCCAUGGCGCCACCCAGUCCAAGUACCAACAGCAGCAGCAGCAGUACUGCAGGCUGGGAGCAACUCAGCAAAACCAACUUGUACAUCAGAGGACUGCCCCCAUCCACAACAGACCAUGACCUGGUCAACCUCUGUCAGCCGUAUGGCAAAAUAGUAUCAACAAAGGCCAUCCUGGACAAGACUACUAACAAAUGCAAAGGAUACGGCUUUGUGGACUUUGAUAGUCCCGCUGCAGCUCAGAAAGCUGUUACUGCCCUGAAGACCAGUGGUGUUCAAGCUCAGAUGGCAAAGCAACAAGAACAAGAUCCGACCAACUUGUAUAUCUCCAACCUGCCCCUGUCUAUGGAUGAGCAGGAGCUGGAGAACAUGCUCAAGCACUUUGGCCAGGUCAUAUCCACACGCAUCUUGAGGGAUUCCAGUGGAGCAAGCAGAGGAGUGGGUUUUGCCAGGAUGGAGUCGACAGAAAAAUGUGAUACAGUCAUUUCUCACUUCAAUGGCAAGUUUAUUAAGACCCCUGCCGGUGUACCAGCACCAUCUGAACCGUUGCUUUGCAAGUUUGCUGAUGGUGGGCAGAAAAAGAGACAAAGCCAAAACAAAUUUCUUUCAAAUGGGCGAGGCUGGCCAAGAGAUGGAAACGCCAGACUGGCUGGACUGGCGCUCACAUAUGACCCCAGUGUAGCUGCGAUGCAAAAUGGAUUCUUCCCACCAGCGUACAGCAUUUCAAACAGGAUGAUUGCUCAGACGUCCAUGUCGCCGUACAUGUCUCCAGUUUCAGCAUACCAGGUGCAGAACCCAUCGUGGAUGCCUCAUCAACCUUACAUCAUGCAGCACCCUGGUGCAGUCAUAUCGCCCUCUAUGGAGCCAUCAUUGUCACUGCAGUCUACUUCCCUGAUGACUCCCCUGACCCAACAGAUGAAUCACCUAUCUUUGGGCAGCGCAGGAGCGUUCAUGGCCGCCAACACGCCAAUUCCUGGUGCUUACAUUCCUCAGUAUGCACACGUGCAUACAGCAGCUCUACCUGGGGACGAAAAUGGUGUGGCAUCACAGGUGGAUACAUCUGGCAACCCUUCACCGUACCCCUACCAACAAAGCAAGUAGUGCCCAAUAACCGUCUGAACGACCACUAAAGCAACGAACGCGAUGCAUCCUUCACUGUUUCACUGCUCUUGCAGCCGUUGAAGUGGGGCUAUUUUUGGGAUCAUUUUCAAAGCUUACAAAGAAUCCUCAGAGUUUAUCCAAUGAUUUUAAAAUGCUAAGACAAGUUUUUUAAAAGUAUUUAUUUUCAUACAAGAAGAGUUGUAUUUUUUACCAAAGAUUGCCGCCAAAUACAAGAGAAAAACAUGCCUGGUGACCUUUUUUUUUAGGUGUUUUUUUUCUCCCCACAGAUAUUUCAAAGACAAUGUUUUUGCGUUUGCUGUGCGAGUGUUGCCAUGGCAAAGUGUUUAGUGUUUUGUUGUGAGGCGACUUGCCAUCGUGCUUUAUAAGGACAAUGCUAUUUGACUCGUUUGCCUUAAAGGAAAAAGGCACCUUUUUGGGAAUGUUGCCCAUCAUCCACAAUCCUUAUGUGAGCCAUGAACACACACAUCUUUCUCUUUUCUGUGCCUUCUAAAGAUGUAAAAAGAUUAAAAAAAAGAGGCAGUUAAGAAUACACGUAGUGGGACACACCUAUUCUGCCUCCAAAAAGCACCACCAAGGCUCCAUUUCCAUAAUGUGAGCUGCAUAUGAACCACGUUGUUCUUAUUAUUGUGAUUAACAUUGUUACGCCCAAGAACUACGUCACUGUUGUAGUGACACCUCAACACACCACAGUGGCUAGCUACUAGCCGGCUAACAACUAGCUUCACCACACACUAGCUAAAGGUAACGCUACAUAUUGGAGGAAUAGAUGUGUCCCAUUACGUGCAUUCAUGAGCUGCCUCUUUUUACCUGUUUUUAUAUCUUUAGAAGGCACAGAAAAGAGAAAGCUUGUGGAUGAUGGGCAAUUCUAAAGAAAAAAAGUGCACUUUUCCUUGAAGACUUUUCUCCAGUGACUGGAGACAUGAGAGCUGCUGCUUUGUAAAUGUGUGUUGGCUUCAGCCCACGUACUCAGAACAGGUCAAAUAAUUGUGUGUGCCGACGACAUUUGCUGAUUUUGUUGGAUGCGAUAUUUAUUUUGAAAAAGCACCCUUCAUGUUUUUGGAUGUUGGAUAACAUUUGCUGAGAGAUCUUUUUACAUUUUGCCUUCUUUUUUGCAGACCUGCUAAUGUACAUUUUUUUUGUAAAUUUGGGUUGCUGUCUUGAUGUUUUUCACUUUCAUUUGACAAGCUAAGAGGAUUUGGAUCUGUGCAUCGUAUUUCCAUCUUUGACAGGAAACACAACAGCUGCCGCUUUGUUCCAUCGCCAAAGAUGGAGGGUGUCGUAUGUGUUUUAUUUCACCACAUCAGGAUGGCGAAGGAAGAUUGCAGUGGUUGACUGUGCCUUUUUCAACAUUUACACUCAGUUUGCAGAAAAUGGACACAUGGGGGCCAGGAUCCGACAAGUCAUUUUGUGGUGACAGGAAAGGAGAAUAUCACAACGAACAGUACGAAAGUGCUUUCAGGUUAUUUUUUCUUCACCUUCUUGACCUUCUGCUGUUUGACCUGCUGGGCAGCCAGACCAGAUAUCUACCUCAGUGUUUCUGGGUUCUAGACCAGCUUAGUGAGUCCAGCCCACCCAUCCCAGACCAAAUGCCAGAGCUUCCCUUCAGGUUUUUUUUACAUUUUCUUUUUUUGUCCAUACAUUUUGUACAAUGUGUUAUUUUCAUGGUUCUUGUUGCUCAUGCUAAGUUUUGGAAAGAACUGCUGCAUUCACUCGUCUGUAGAUUCCAAGGGCGAAAGGUUGUGGUAUCCACUGGAUCUGUGCUCGUCUAAUAAACAGUUGGUCGCCACGUCAAGCAGCGUCAGUUGGGUGUAUGUUUGUGUGAGCGUCUGAACCAAGUGCCAUGUUAUGUCGGUCAAGAGAGCUAGCAAGGUGCGUCGAAGAAGAAUGGCUCGUAAAAGUAAGCAUCAUGUUGAACAGGAAACUACUUGUUUAUGAAGAUUUUUGUACAGAGCUCAAGGCGGGGGGGUUAUGAAACUAUUUGGGGGUUUUUGUAGCACACACCUGCCAAGGCUUCUUAUGUCUUUGUUUGUUGGAUAAUGUUACGGCCAAACUUAUGUUCCCCUGUCGAUUGCUGCCUCAGGUGUGUUCUUUUCAUUUGAUUUUUUU